AGCACGGUCCGACGGCUGACGUGCUUUAGUUAACCAUUAGCCCCUAGCCCAAGACUGCCUCUAUUUGUUUAUUGAAACCGAAUGGCGGCUUAAGUUUAAUCGCAAAAAUUAAUUACCAACUAAAUCGAUACGCGUGGCGCACCGUCAAUAAAACGAGGGAAUCGAGUCCAACCUGACAGUGUGUCUAAAUUAGGAUUAUUUAUAUAAGUCGACCAAGUUCUGUGGUGUGUCUUGGAGCCAGGUGGCACUGGUUUAAUGCGUGCCUCUCACGUUCUCCCAACAGCCGGGGCACAUGUGCGGGUUACACUUUAGGACGCGUAACAGUCCGUCUCAGAAGACGUCCCUCCGCUGGGGCGACUGCUGCCUGGCCUAAACUAGUGUAUAUAGUGUUCCUCCUGGACCAGGAUCUCCAAGAUCCCGCAGCUAUAGCCACUACUUCAUCCGUUCGACCACGAAAUGUUGCAUAAGCCGAGGCGCAUUUGAUUGGCGCGCUUCUUUGAUUGCCGUCGCAACGCGUCCGCUUGAACUUGGCGCACUUUGUUCCCAAGAGCCGAGCUAAAGGUCAAACCCGUUUCCAAAGAGUAUUAAUUUACACAAGCCAAGCGCGUGUGGAGAGCCGAGGUUACUGAAAGUAUAUCCUAUAGCCAAGGACUUCCGUGAAUCGCAGCCAUGAUCAAUAUCGCCGGCGUGGUGAGCAUCGUGCUCUUCUAUCUGCUCAUCCUGGUGGUGGGCAUCUGGGCUGGUCGCAAAAAGCAGUCCGGCAAUGACUCAGAGGAGGAGGUGAUGCUGGCCGGCCGCUCCAUAGGUCUCUUCGUGGGCAUCUUUACCAUGACAGCUACCUGGGUGGGUGGCGGAUACAUCAACGGCACGGCGGAGGCCAUUUACACAUCGGGCCUAGUGUGGUGUCAGGCUCCCUUCGGUUAUGCCCUGAGUUUGGUGUUUGGUGGCAUCUUCUUUGCCAAUCCCAUGCGCAAGCAGGGCUACAUCACCAUGCUGGAUCCGCUCCAGGAUUCGUUUGGUGAGCGUAUGGGUGGGCUACUGUUCCUGCCUGCACUCUGUGGAGAGGUAUUCUGGGCUGCCGGCAUCCUGGCCGCUCUGGGAGCCACCUUAUCCGUGAUCAUCGACAUGGACCACCGAACUUCUGUUAUUCUCUCCUCGUGCAUUGCCAUCUUCUACACACUCUUCGGCGGACUGUACUCUGUGGCGUAUACGGACGUGAUUCAGCUUUUCUGCAUCUUCAUUGGCCUAUGGAUGUGCAUCCCCUUUGCCUGGAGCAACGAGCACGUCGGCAGUUUGAGUGAUCUCCAGGUGGACUGGAUAGGCCAUGUGGAGCCUAAGAAACACUGGCUUUAUAUAGACUAUGGGCUGUUGCUCGUCUUUGGAGGUAUUCCUUGGCAGGUCUACUUCCAGCGGGUGCUCUCCAGCAAGACAGCAGGACGGGCACAGCUUUUGUCCUAUGUGGCCGCUGCAGGAUGCAUCCUGAUGGCUAUUCCACCGGUGCUCAUUGGAGCUAUUGCCAAGGCCACACCUUGGAACGAAACUGACUACAAGGGACCCUAUCCCCUGACCGUGGACGAGACGAGCAUGAUUCUGCCCAUGGUCCUGCAGUACCUGACGCCCGACUUUGUGUCCUUCUUUGGCUUGGGUGCCGUCUCCGCCGCCGUAAUGUCCUCCGCAGACUCCUCGGUGCUCUCGGCCGCCUCCAUGUUCGCCCGGAAUGUGUACAAAUUGAUUUUCCGUCAGAAGGCGUCCGAGAUGGAAAUCAUUUGGGUGAUGCGCGUGGCCAUUGUUGUCGUUGGCAUUCUGGCCACCAUCAUGGCCCUCACCAUUCCCUCCAUCUACGGAUUGUGGUCCAUGUGCUCCGACCUGGUUUAUGUCAUCCUGUUCCCACAGCUGCUGAUGGUGGUCCAUUUUAAGAAACACUGUAACACAUAUGGCAGCUUGGCAGCAUAUAUCGUGGCCUUGGCCAUCCGACUGUCGGGUGGGGAAGCAAUCCUGGGCCUUUCGCCGCUCAUCAAGUAUCCCGGCUACGACGAGGAAACCCAAGAGCAGAUGUUCCCCUUCCGCACCAUGGCCAUGUUGCUCAGCCUGAUAACCCUAAUCUCAGUGUCCUGGUGGACUAAGAUGAUGUUCGAGUCUGGCAAGCUGCCGCCUAGCUACGACUACUUCCGCUGCGUGGUCAAUAUUCCGGAAGACAUUCAGCGCGUGGGCGAUCCCUCGGAGUCGGGUGAGCAGUUGUCGGUGAUGGCAGGACCCCUGGCUAGAUCAUAUGGGGCUGCCACUAUGGCCGGCAAGGAUGAGCGCAAUGGACGCAUUAAUCCCGCCCUAGAAUCCGACGACGAUCUACCCGUGGCGGAGGCACGUCGUUUGAACCAGCAGACGGCGCAGGCGCAGGUAAAGAAGAUGCUGGACACGGCCACCGGUGUGAAGCCGGCCGGCGGAGGCGGUGGCCAGUCUGGCAUGGCCAUGCCCACUCCAGAGCAGGACAACACGGCCUUCUGAGUAGAGUAGGCGCCCGGCGGAGCGAAAAUCCCGGAGGGUCUCGCCAGCCGAGCCCGAAAGUAGGCUGCAGUCGAACCACAGAAUUAUACGAUUUUAAGUUGCGCUUGUUACGGGGGAUUUGAGACGACGGGGGCAAUGGCAGGAUCAGGAAAAUCAGGAGGAUCGGGAGAAUGAGUAAGGUCAGGAUGGAAUACAGAAAGUAUUAGGACAAGUACGUUAAACACACAAGUGCUCAGGUAUAAAGUGCAGAAAGCUGAUCGUAAGGUUUACGUUAUCAUUUAGCCAACUUAUAUAGUGUAUAGUUUCCACAGAAGCUUAAAGCGUUCCAUCGUUCUUGAUUUUGCAGUUAGAGACGUGUCUUUUUGUGUAAAUGUUCAAAAGUUAUCGAAAUACAUAUCAAAUGCAUUUUCCUCCGCCCGAAUAAUGCAUUCAAAUACGUAUUAAUUUAGAGAGAGAAAAGGUUCAGAAGCCGGAAAGGAGGCUAGAAAAUAGGGUUUAGAGUGUCAUAAUGCCUAAAGCCGUGUCAUAAAGAAACUCACAAGAAAUAUUAAUAAACUAUAGAGAUAUUACUUUGAAAGUUUUGUAAACUUAGGGCUUUAUGACACUCGUAAAAGUGUAGACUAGACGCACCCCCAAUAAACCUAUAUAUGUAUAAAUGCGUAAGACGAGAGCAUUUGUGUGUCACAGAUGAGGCAGUCCCACUUAACCAUUCCUGGCAUUAUUAUCGGUAUCGGUCAUAUAUACUAUAUAGAUGCAUAUAAUGUGAAUCAUGUGUCCUUCCAGAACGAACAAAGCUAAGCAAGAAACACAAGUGAAAUAAUGGAUAAACUAAUGCAAACGAAACAUAUCAAAACGAGAUACAUAUCAGUCGUGUAAGCUAUAUAGGAGAAUCGAGAUAUAUACACAUACAUCAACUAAACAAAAUAAACGAGCAGCAUGUAUAUGAGAGAAUAUAGUUGUGUAAGCUAAGAAAUCGAGGCAUAUCAAGUUAUAUAGGAAUGAAUUUUAGCUGCUCUCAAAGAGCAAAGUCACAUGGAAUAUUAAAGAGAAGAAAUGGAAAUGAUAUAUGUAACAUGUUGCGUCGUAGUACCUAAAAACUAUAUAUACAUAUAUUAAUAUAUAUACAUACCUAUACAAAAUCAUAUACACCCACAUAUAUAUAUACAUGUAUCUAGAACCAGCCACAGAAUUUAGAGAGUUAUACCCAGGACAAACACUCCCCCCAUUGAUCCAAAAAACCAACCUGCAUAUUGGCUAGGAGAAUAUCUAUUCUAUAUACACACACGCUGCCUGAACCCCAAACCUGAACUGGAAGCUGAAGAGAUUCGUAAGAAUCAUAACUAAUAACUAAAUUGACAUUUAAUUGAAAUAUUCGAUGGUGAGAUGUGUGUUGGUUCCUCUUUUUUGUAAUGUUCACUCGGCUCGUUUGUUAAAGUUUCGUCCCGUUGGAGAGAUAACUAAACUAAAAUCUAUCUAAAAGCAACUCAAGUAACUAAUAUGCGUAACAAGCUGGAUGUUAAGCCCUAAAAACUACAACAAACUCACUUAAGUGUAAUAAAUGUUGACUGCUUUUUGAUUGAGCCUCGUCUGUUUGUUGUAUUUGGGGUAAAGUUUUGUAACCUUUACAUAAGCGAGACUACUUACUAUACUUACUGAAGUGUUUUGAGUCCAUCUAGGAUAUCCAUCUAAACAUAUAUAUGUUCGUUGUUAUUGUUAUUAUUAAAUCUUGCAUCAGAUCUGAGUGUGUACAUUUCGAUAAAGUUCAAAUUUAACUACAUUUCCAGAUAACUUACAUAAUUAACAUAAUUAAGUGCGUUUCUUUGUGCAGAUGUUAACCAGAUUUGUAAAUAAGCAACAAUUACUCGUUUGUAAUGUUACUAUCAACUAUCAACCAAAACCACCAAAUAAUUUAUGCAUUCAAAACGAAAUAAUUCUGUUUUGCAAUUAGUUAAAAGAGUAUGUACCUAUGUUAUUGUUAACUAAACUUGGUCUAUCCAUUCCAAGUACUUUUAGUGGAAUUAUGUUAACCAAAGAAAAAUAAUUAAAAAUAAACAUGAAUAGGAAAAAUGGUUACGAUAUACACGAUGUAUUAUGAUCAGAUUAAACCAAACCGAAUACAUAUCAAUGUUUUAAGCCUAGCAAAAGGGAAACGAA